CUGUUGGUACGCCUCACAAGAAACGUUUUGAAUUGCGUUUUGUUAACGAGCCGCAAAAUGCCUCUCACUCUUACCCGGGAAUCCGCUCGAGAACUCUGUCGCACUUGCUUGGUCCAAUUGGACAAGGAACCUAUCAAGACGGAGCUCCAAUCAGAGGAGAUUCCAAUCAGCCAGGAGCUGCAGCAGCUGCUCAACCUAAAUCUAUCGAAGGAUGUGGAGAACCAGGACCUGGACCAGCAGUGGCUGCCCAAUGAACUGUGCGUGGAAUGCCGGAGCGCGGUACAGAAUUUCGAGAGGUUUCGCCGAAAAGCCGAGGAGUGCAGGAAGCAGCUGCUGGAAAUGCUGAAGAAAGAGCCACAGGAACCCACAUUUGAAGUGGUCUACGACGCCAGGGAGGAUGACCAAGAGUCGCUGCAUAGUCUGGAACCACCUGAACCCGCACCCGACCCGGAUCCCAUCGAUGAGCCGGCUAUAAAGAGGGAUAAAUCCACCCGCAAGUCUUUCAGGGGAUCAAGGAACACCCUGAAGUGUUCCCUGUGCCGGCACAGCUUUGCCCACCAGAUCACCCUAGCAGCGCACAUCCGCAAGGUCCACGAGGGCAGCAAACGGCCCUUCCAAUGCGAUCAGUGCGAGAAGGCCUACAGUUUCAUGGGCGGUCUGUAUACCCACAUUCGAGAGGUGCACGCGCCCAAGGAGCGGCGGCAUCCGUGCGACCAACCAGGAUGCGAGAGGAUCUACACCAGCCGCAUAGCCAUGCAGAAGCACAAAAGGCUGAAGCACUGUCCGCGUGAACGCGAUGCCUUGAAGAAAUUCAUCUGCGAGCAGUGCGGCGCCAGCUUUAACCAGUCGGCCAAUCUUAAGUACCACCUCAAGACGAAGCAUCCCACGGAGGACGAGGUGGCCGCCAAGGAGUGCGGCGCUGGCGAGCGCCAUUUCUGCGACAUUUGUCAAAAGGAGUUCCAUUCACGAUACACCCUCAAGUACCACACUCUGCAGCAGCACGAGGUGCAGGAGGAGCUGCCCCACGAGUGCCAGGUUUGUGGCCGCCGGAUGGCCAAGAAGUUCAUGCUGCUGCAGCACAUGCUGAUGCACUCGAGCGACAAGUUGCCUUGCGAGCACUGCGGCAGAAGAUUUGCCCGGCGAUUCGAACUCGAAGCCCACGUGAGAGCGGUCCAUUUGAAGCUGAAACCCUUUCCCUGUCGCCACUGUCCGGAGAGCUUUGCUUCGAGGAAAACCCUGCGGCACCACGAGUACAUACACACGGGAGAGAAGCCCUACGUUUGCAACACCUGCGGGCAGGCCUUCCGGCAACAGACGUGUCUUAAAAACCACCGAAAGGUGCACGAGAAAUAGUCUUAGGUAGCCUUAGUUGAAACGUUUC